CCGUGCCGGGCGGGUGGGCGGCCAUGGCGGAGAGCGCGCAGGAAGAAGUCCAAGAUCAGGAAGAAGUCCAAGAUCAGGAAGAAGUCCAAGAGGAGGAAGGAGCCCAAAAUGAGGAUAAAGACCAACAUGGUGAUGAAGACCAAGAUCAGGAUGAUGUAGACGGAAAGAAGAUUAUUAUUAGGACAUUUCUUUCUUUUUCCCAAAUUACUGCCUUGUCAGAAGAAAAUCUAGAAGGAGUUGAAAAGAAGAUGGAAGAAUUUCUGAAUUUUACUCAACUGAACACAACUGUUAAAGAAGCUAUUUUACUGGAUUAUUAUACUGCAGGAUUUUGGUGGGCUAAAGAAAUGAACUUCAGUCUUAUCCAGCUCUCAGGUUUCAUGAAUCUGUUAAAUUUUGCUUUGGAGAACCUCAGCGAUAAACAUAUGACCUUGGGAGAGAAUUUAAAACAACUUGAAAGAGCGAUGGUUGGAAUGGCAGAAACUGACUCAGAAGAAGGAGGUGACCUGAAUUUGUUCAGCAUUGAGCAAGCCAAAGCAAUCAUUGAUUUCUUGGUUACCAGCUUAUUUAAACACUAUAAAGCAUAUGAAUUCCUCUUCCACGGUCGUAGRGAAAAACCUGUGAUAAUUAAUGAGGUUGCUGACCAGAGRAAAGAGCCCAGUCCAGAGACAGAGUUCUCCGAGGUGGCUGAAGUCACUGCUGAAGAUGAGAAGUCUGCAGAGUGUGAAAUCCCGAAUGAAAUUACUGGCAACCUUGAGGCUSAAUGAAAAGCUGAAAAUGCAGGAAGAAGCUUAGACUUGGAGCACAGAAAAAUUGAGAAGUCCUAAAUAGCCAGAUAAGAAAGAUGAUGCUGGAUUUUGCAGGAAUUGGGCAGUAGGUGAUGGUAUACACAGAGGCUGGCUCGCUGCCUGAGCAAAAUUACUUCUGUAUAUAGGAAAAUGGUUCUGUUAACRUUUACCUAAAAGCACUUCAUCUCAGUCCCUCAAAUUUACCGUGUUCUGCCAGCGUUGUUGUUUAGUUUAGACUUAAGUUGAAGAUUAUAAACGGAAGAGCACAUAAUUAAAACAUGUUGAAGUUCAGUUUAUUUCUGAAUAGAAAUCCUAAGUUAAAAAAAAAAAAAGCUGCAAUUUCAUUCUCAAAGUUGUGAAAUAUUUAGCAGUUUCUGCUUUACACCUAUGGUUUUUUUCAGGCAAUGUUGCUACAAGGAGAAUACAUAGAGAGAAAAAAUCAUUUUGAGGCACUGCAGAUACAAUAAGGAAAGAAUUUAAUUARCAUGUAAUUACACACUUUUCACUGUAGCUAUUCAUUAAUAAAAUGUAUAUUAUUUUGUUUUAAUUUGUUUCCUAAGCUUUAAAACAAAUUUAAUAGCUUACACUUCUUUCUUUCCACCAUAUUAAAAUUGCAUAACUGAAGAGUUUGCACUACAGUAUUCCCAAGAAGAGUUCCUUUAGAUUUCCAUGGAUAUUUUUUUUUUUGGAAUGCAUGUAUCCUUUCAUCUGAGAAUGUUUCCAUAUUUUUCCAGACCUUAUAGAAAUAUUUCAUGCUUAAAAGGRAUCCAACCAAAUAAAUGACCUCAGAAGAACCAGUUUAACAUCUAUGUUUCAAGCUCACAGCCUGUAUUUAUUGUGUCACAGAACUCUGUGCCCUAGCAAGCAUGUGAAAUACAAGUCCUGCUUUGAAGCGUAAAGGCUGGAUUGGAUUACAURUUUAGUGGAACACAAGAGAAAUAGAGUGUUUUAUUUAUUGC